GGGGCCAGGGGCGGGCUAGGAGCGUUCUAGCAGGUUCCAGAAGGCAAAAGGAAAGGCGGGCGCAGGAAGGAGAGGGAGGGAGAGCGAGGAAAAGUCUCAAAUAGAGGCGGCGGCAGCUGUGGUGCGGAGAUCUGGCCGGCGUCAUGGAGAAGGUAAAUGAAUUGAAGGAGAAGGGUAACAAGGCCCUGAGCUCUGGCAACACAGCUGAAGCAAUCAAGCACUACUCGGAGGCCAUCAAAUUGGAUUCUGCCAACCACGUGCUUUACAGCAAUAGGUCUGCUGCUUAUGCCAAGAAGGGCGAAUAUCACAAGGCCCUGGAAGAUGCCUGCAAGACCGUUGAGCUGAAGCCCGAGUGGGGCAAGGGCUAUUCCCGGAAGGCUGCUGCCUUGGAGUUCCUGAACCGCUUUGAGGAGGCUAAAAAGACAUACGCGGAAGGGUUGAAACAUGAACCGGGCAAUGCUCAGCUGAAGGAAGGGUUGCAAAACAUGGAGUCCCGGCUGGCAGAAAGGAAUCUCAUGAACCCUUUCAACAUGCCUAACUUCUACCAGAAGCUGGAGAAUGACCCCCGCACGAGGGCCUUGCUGAACGACCCGAGCUACAGGGAGUUGAUCGAGCAGCUCCGCAACAAGCCUUCAGACCUGGGGACGAAACUGAAGGACCCGCGUGUAAUGACAACCCUAGGAGUACUGCUUGGUGUUGACUUAGCCAGUGCGGAUGAUGACGACGAAGCAAUGUCCCCGCCCCCUCCUCCUCCUCCCAAGAAGGAGCCCAAGCCAGAGCCUAUGGAGGAAGACCUGCCAGAGAAUAAGAAGCAGGCCAUUAAGGAGAAAGAGCUGGGGAACGAGGCUUACAAGAAGAAAGACUUUGAGGCAGCUCUGAAGCAUUAUGACAAAGCCAAAGAGUUGGACCCCACCAAUAUGACUUACAUCACAAAUCAAGCAGCGGUGUAUUUUGAGAGAGGAGAUUACAGCAAGUGCCGAGAGCUGUGCGAGCAGGCCAUCGAGGUAGGGCGUGAGAACCGGGAGGAUUACCGGCAGAUUGCCAAAGCCUAUGCACGGAUUGGCAACUCUUUCUUCAAGGAGGAGAAGUACAAGGAAGCCAUUCAGUUUUACAACAAGUCUUUGGCUGAGCACCGGACUCCAGACGUGCUGAAGAAGUGCCAGCAGGCUGAGAAAAUCCUGAAAGAACAGGAAAGACUAGCCUACAUCAAUCCUGAGCUGGCUCUGGAAGAGAAGAACAAAGGCAACGAGUGUUUCCAGAAAGGGGACUACCCACAAGCGAUGAAGCACUACACAGAAGCCAUCAAGCGCAACCCCGAAGAUGCCAAACUCUACAGCAACAGGGCUGCCUGCUACACCAAACUACUGGAAUUCCAGUUAGCACUGAAGGAUUGUGAAGAAUGUAUCCGUCUAGAGCCCUCAUUCAUCAAGGGUUACACACGCAAGGCCGCAGCUCUGGAAGCCAUGAAAGACUAUACCAAAGCCAUGGAUGUCUAUCAGAAGGCCCUUGAGCUGGACUCGAGCUGUAAGGAAGCGGCUGAGGGUUACCAGCGCUGCCUCAUGUCCCAGUACAAUCGCAACGACAACCCCGAGGAUGUGAAGCGCCGUGCCAUGGCGGACCCCGAAGUGCAGCAGAUCAUGAGCGACCCGGCCAUGAGGCUGAUCCUGGAGCAGAUGCAAAAGGAUCCACAAGCACUAAGCGAACACUUGAAGAAUCCAGUCAUCGCUCAGAAAAUUCAGAAGCUGAUGGAUGUCGGAUUGAUUGCCAUUCGGUGAUGAUUUUGACUUUGCGCCCUCCCUCCUUCCCCUGUUUAAAAGGGCAGCUGGGACUUCUGAAUGCUGGCGACGCAGUGCAAGGGCGCCUACCCCUCUGUCGGAGGCAGAGACUUGUACAGUUGAGCGAUGUGUUGGUCUCUUGCACACUUGCCCACACACGUGCUCACACACGUGCUCACACCAGGCUUCCCUGCCAGCGUAGGGGUUGGCUUAGCAAUCAUCCUGGCCAGCCGCUCUGUCUCUCAUCAGUUAUUUCCGUUCGUGAGCUGCCCUUGUCUUUUCCCUCUCCCUCUCGCAGUUUUUAAUUCUCUUUGCCGUGGCUAUGGCGUGAGUCAAGCUCAUCACUUGUUCGUUGUUUGGUUUCUCGGUUUCUUUCAGCUGUGAGGCUGCGUUUUUUGUCUGCUGCACACCCAAUAAAAGAGCAAAGUUAGAUGC